AUGCCAUGCUUGAUCCGUUGGCCAAUUGCUAGGUUGGCCGAGUCGUUUGACUUGCUUCUUCUGGUGCCUCAAGAGGCGCUGCCAGCCAACGCGGUCUCCGGCACCAAGGUGGGCAACCGCUUGGCUGGCAUUGUCAUAGAUGAGGAGGCAAUGCGUUGCGCCAAGCAGGAAGCUGGGUUUGCUAGAGUGGAGGUUGAAAGUGCAGUGACUGCAGGCUUCGAGAAGCGCAAUUUGUCCAGCAAAGGCGCCAUUGGGGGGCAAUCAGCAUCUGCAGGCCUGUUUUCUGUUCGUGGAGCUGUCUCUGUUAUCAGUAGUACAAACUUCUUCACGGCCUCUCCCAUGGGUGUCCGUGAUGGCUUAGACUACAUGUACGCGGGUGUGGUCCGCUCUGUCAAUGUUGAGCUUCUACAGCGUCAACUGCAGGAGGGCGCAAUUGUGUCUAUGACUCCUUUGGGGUCAAGCCCCGGUGGUGAAGUCUUUUAUGUGUCGUCUGAAGAGUUGGCUGCAAAAGUGGCCAGCAGAUUGCAGGCCAUCAAGCUGGUUUACAUUACCAAGGGCCAGUGCCUGGUGGACACUCGACAGUCACGCAUCAUUGCAGGCAUGCAAGCUCAUGAUGCUCGCAAUCUACUGCAGUAUUUGGAAAGUGACAAAGCCAACCAAAACUACUCGGAGGAGGAAAGACGAUCGGAUUGGUUCAGCAACUUUGUGCGCAGUCUCAGGCUUUUGGUCGCUUCGGUGUCACCCAAAGGAGUUCGUCGGGGACAUCUCGUCCAAGCAUUUCCUGGAUCACUGCUGCAAGAGUUCUACACCACUGAUGGCAGCGGUACCUGUGUGGCCCAGGACGUUUACCAGGGCCUUGGCUGUGCAACGUUGGCAGAUGCUACAUCCAUCAUGGAAUUGCUUGCUGACGCGCAAGAUGAACACCUCAAGCUGGAACAAGUGGAGGCAAGCUGCGCAUCAGGUGAAUUCUUCGUUUGGCGAAGAGACGAGGUUGUUUUGGGCUGUGGUCAGCUUGUGGCCCACAGUGUGUCCCAAAAUGCGGGCGAGUUGGUGGCAGAACUUCGACAGUUGUGCUGCGCAGCUGGAACCUUUUUGCCCAACGCUCCGGCUUUAUUCGCCUACGCUGAGCGCGCUGCUGUUCUCGGCGGGGCGCAGCUCCUCGUAGUUCUUGAGUCAGAGGACCCCGAGCGCAAUGCCUGGUUUGCUGAGCGUGGCUUUGUCUCGCCAUCUUCCAACGAUAAAGCAAAGUCAUUGCCUCCUUCUUUGCAAAGUCCAAGAGUCUACAUCAAACGCCUUGGCGAAGACUCGGGUGAGGAGGCUGAAGCUGCUAUUGCGGCCUACGCGGAGGAGCAACGCAUGUGGGGUGGAAUGGUGUGA